AUGUCUUACGUCAAGAACGUUGCCAUCGUUGGUGCCAAUGGCACCGUCGGCACGUUCAUCACCGACGCCCUCCUCAAGACCGGCAAGCACACCAUCACAGCCCUGACCCGCUCCACCUCAGGCAACUUCCCCUUCGGUGUCAAGCUCGCCACCAUCGACUACGACAAGCCCGAGACCAUCGUCUCUGCCCUGAAGGAUCAGCAGGUCCUUAUCAUCACAAUGGGCGUUGGCGCUCCCCCGGAACAGCAGCUCAAGCUCAUCGAUGCGGCCGCCGACGCGGGCGUCCCCUAUGUGAUGCCCAACGACUGGGGCUAUGACGUGAGCCGCGACGACAUGUACAAGGAGUCUUUCUUCCACUUGCAGUCCAAGACAGCGCGUGCGCACAUCGAGGAACGCGGCGUGAGCAGCUGGAUCAGCCUGGUGUGCGGGUUCUGGUACGAGUUCAGCCUCGGCCAAGGAACAGAGACAUUUGGCAUCGACUCUAGCAAAAAGGAGGCCAUCCUGUUUGACGGUGGCAACACGCAGAUGGAUACGUCGACGCUCUCGUACGUCGGCAAGACUGUCGCCGCGCUGCUCUCGCUGCCUGAGAAGAAGGCCGAUGCCGCUGCUACCACAUCUGGUGGCAAGGGCGGCAGUCUGGAGCAGUUCAAGAACAACUACGUUCGCGUCGCCGAAUUCUCUGUCACCCAGCGCGAGAUGCUCGACUCGGUGCAGCGUGUAAGUGGCACAACAGACAAGGACUGGAAGAUCUCCCACGAGACCACGCGCGAGCGGUACGCCCAUGCUUCGGGCGAGGUCAUGAAGGGCAACUAUGCCUUGUUUGUGACGGCCAUGUACUCACGCGUGUGGUUCCCCGAUGGCAGCCCCGUGUAUCACGACAAGGGAUUGCAUGACGAAUUGCUGGGCUUGCAGAAGGAGGAGCUCGACGUUGCGAGCAAACGUGCUGUGGACCGCGGUCGGGUGGGAUACAACUCACACUAA